AUGGGUAUAGUUUUGCCUUUUGAUUUAUUCCAAGCUGAUUUGACGGAGAUGUCUACUACUAGGAACUCUAAUAAGCUUCAUGUCUACAAAAAUUUUCACAAGUGUUUCGUUGAAGUUGAUGAAAAAGGAACUGAAGCUGUUGCUUCUGCUGCUGUUAAGGUGCAGAGAUUGCGUUGCGCGAAGAUGCCUCGUAAACCUCCUCGUCUUGUUGAUUUUGUGGCAGAUCACCCUUUCAUGUUCCUUAUCAGAGAGGAGCAAAGUGGUGUGGUGUUGUUUAUGGGGCAUGUCCUUAAUCCCCUAUUAAAUUCGUGA